CUUUCGGAGAACGCGGAAAACAACGCUGAGCGACAUGUAAUGUAUACAUGUAAAGAUUAAAGUAGUCGUAAGUUCGUCAUACGACUAAAGACUCAAAUUUCUAGGUACGUUUACUCGACCUCGGUGUUAAACUUUGGAAACUACUACGUCAUGUCUGGGACAAAUUCCAUUAAUUAACAGCGUUGUCAACAUGAGCUUCUUUGUUGUGAAAAUGAGCGAUGGAAGUUCGAGCAAUUGCCCAAGCAACUGCAACGGCCAUGGACUGUGCGUUGGUGGUUCUUGUGUUUGCGAGGUCAAGUACAGUGGUGGAGCUUGUAGUGACACAAAUAUAGGAUAUUUUAUUGGUUUUGGUACAGUUUUCUUCUUUGUUUGUGCUGUAUCUGCAGCUCAGCUGGUUCUUUGUGUUCGAUCAGAGUUUAAGCAGUUGAAGAGACCAAGCCUGUCCAAAGCCUGCCGGCUAACAGUACAAAAGACACUUUACCUUUGUAUGAUUAUAGCAUGUGGCUCAAGAGGCACUUAUUACUCAAUCCAGAGGUAUCUUCCUGCCAGCUUGAGAAUGAAUUUGUUCAACGCGUAUUACCCAGUUAUUAUUUCUGGUUUCUCAAUAAUCAUAUGUUUCUGGGCUGAGACAUUUCAUGUGGUUGGUCUAAAACUAGAUAGGCCACGUUUCCUCAGCAAAUCCACAAUAGCUUUUAUCCUGUUUAAUGUCUUCAUGUACAUUGUCUUCUUGGUGCAAUUUAUAACAACGGAAGUAACGGAUGAACAUACAAAGGUAUACUUAUCCAACAUAUUUACUGGCUUUUUUGUCAUUCUCAUGUUUUUGGUGCUCACUCUGUUUCUCAUCUAUGGAGUUGAGUUAUUUUACAAGGUCCGUGGUGCAUUUAUCACAACAAGAGAGUCUUCAAAUGUCGAUGCCACACAGGCUACCAUGUCGAGAGUUGGACUGGUCUCACAAGCAUCACUUCAGCUUCUCACUUCUCUUUUUCUCCUUGGUGAUAUCAUGGGUGAAAAAUGGAAAGACAAAUUGCCCAUAGAGGGGAGGAAUGUGUUAGACAUUGUGUUCAGAUUGUUUGAAUUGGGUGUGGCUCUAUGGUUUUCUUGCUGUCUCUGGAAUUGGAAGAGUCCAAGUCAGUUGUGGAUUUUGAACCCUAAGCGACUCCUAGUACAUGAGACAAUAGAGGAAACGACGCAUUUAGUGGGAGGCAGUCAUCGAUAUAAUUGCUAUGAUGCUAUUGAAACGAUUGGAGAUUUAGACGCUUCUCGAAGUGAGUGCUGGGUUUGUUACGACAGCGAGCGUACAGAUGCUGGUCCAAUGAUAUUUCCCUGUCAAUGUAAGGGAGAUGUGGCCGCCGUACACCAUGACUGUCUCAAGAGAUGGCUCAUUGAGUCAUCUGUGGAUAGUGGAGAGGAUAACCGUAAGUGCAAAGUUUGCGGAGAAGAGUACAAACUGGCAACGGGAAGGGCGUGGUUACCAAGUGGUCUGACUGUACGACAUUGGGUUCAGACGACUGUAAUCCUGUCCAUGAUGAUUGGAGCGCCAAUCGGUGUUUACAUGGUUUGCUUAUCCAGCAUACCUCCUGCUUGUAAGAUUCUGGUCAUAGGACUUGCUGUUGUGCUGGAAUACGUGUGUCUUAGGUGAGUGGGACCUCAUAAGUUAACUGGUUAGUCAUGAACAGAGAAGGUCAGUUGUUUGGUUGAUACAGUCAGUCAGUCAGUCAGUCAGUCAGACAGACAGACAGACAGACAGACAGAAAGUCUUCUGUCUGU